UCUGCGUUCAUCAAAAAGACACCACAAAAAACACAAGAAGGGACAAAAAACUAUGAAGCCUUUAGCUGUGAUGGUGAAAGUGGAGCCUGGGCAACAACAACAAUCGCCAUCCACUCCAUCCACACCAACCAAUUCCUCCUCCACCAAUAAUACCACAAAUAAUUCUCAUAUUGCUUCUAGUGGUCACCAUCAUCAUGUGGGUAAUAAUCAUAAUCAUCAGCACAAUAAUUUAAUCAUGAUGAAUCCGAGUUCAUCAAUUUACCCUUCCUGUUUGCCUCUUGCUAUGAAGAGCAAUUCUUCCUCUUUUAUUCCUUCCCAGACACCUCCACCUCCACAUCAACAAGGAUUCAGUCUUCCUUCCAUUCAUAAUUUGACUUCACAACAACCAUCUUCAAAAGUCAUGGUGGAUCACAUUCAUCACUAUCAACAACAACAUCCACAAUCGUGGCGUGGUAAUAAUAUGGAACCAAAACCACCUCUUCAUAGUAAUGGUGGUCAUGAUUUGAUGGAAGCCUUGUCAGCACAACCACAAACUAUUGUAAGAUAUGCACCUCCUCUUUAUCAAGCCAUUAUUCAACCAAGUAUUGAUAUUGUUCCUAUGGAUAGUUUUAUUCCUGGCUAUAUAUCUGGAUACAGAAAGACUCCACAGCAAGUAACAAUUGGGACAAGUCCUGAAAUGCAACCAUCAUCUAAUCCUUCCUCUUCCACAACAACUGGAAUUAUUGUCACAAACAGUCCUACCAUGACACCAGUUAAGGUUUCUCACUGUAUUGCUGACCAAGAGUUGGUAAAGACAACACAAUCAGUAAUAGUGGCCUCCUCAUCCGCCCAACAAGCCCCUUCAUCCAAUAACACCCAAACCCAACAACCACCCACAGAUCCAAGUCAAGCCAGAAUGGCAUGUAUAAAUUGUAGAAAAUCACAUCGUAAAUGUAAAAUUUACAGACCCCAUUUUAAAGAUAAGGGAAUGCCUUGUGGUGAAUGUAAAAAGAGAGGAAUACCUGAUGAAUGUGUUUAUUAUGAACCUAAGAAGAGAGGACCAAAGAUGAAGACAGCUGAAGAGGAAGCUCAAAGUAAGGAGGAAGCAAAGAAAAGAAAGGUCUCUAAGAAGAAUGAGGUUCCCUCUGCAACAGUAGUAGAUUUGGAAAGGACCAAUCUAUUGCAGUCUAACUCUCAGAUAAUUGCCUCCAGCAGCUCCAAUGCAGCAACUACCACACCAGUAAUCCCAGCCCUCUUCUCUAGAAAGGAAAUUGAUAGAAGAAAUUACAUUUUACACAUGAUCUUCCCUGAAGCAAACCUCCCUAAUGAUAUUAAGGAAAACUGUCCAGAUGAUAGCUUUAACGAAAUGUUUCGUCUCUUUUUAUCAGAUGAAUUCGUUAGCUUUUUGGUUGAGUGUAUGGAUGGUAAUAAGAGUAAGAAUCAAUUGAUGCCUUUCAUUAGAGAAAAGGUUCUCCUCUCUAUUCUCAAUAGAAUUAUGGAACCAUACUACCACGGCAUGUAUUUUUCCCUAGAGUCUCUCUUUUUGAAAUACUAUUGUCUAUUCAAGCUCUCCCCACAUGAUGAUAAUAGACCAAUCUUAUUGUUAGAAAGUGAGAAGAGUGUAAAGCAAAAUAAGAAGGAUUUCAAUAUUAUCACCAAUGACAUACAGACUAUAAUUUGUAAUCUGUGGAGUUCCUUCUUUAAUACCAUCCUCGAAUUCAAGAGUGUGAAUUCAUCCUACAAUCAACUCGUCAUUAAGAAUAUGCUUGAUCUAAUUGUGAACAAGUUAUCAGAGAAUGUUGAUAUUCAAAGUUGUACAGUUCAAGAAAUUGGUGUUCAACUUUCUCAAGCUUACUUACCUCUCUGGAAUCACUACGAAAUCAGCAAAACUUGUCGAUCAAUUUGA